GCAUGACUGGCAGUGGCAUCGGGAAUGCGCUGCGGUUGAAAGAAGGUAUCCGUACCUAAAUGUCCACCUUUCAUGUGAUAUGGAUCCGACAUCAUCUCACGCACGCACUACCUACGCCCGCACUUGUUAAUACCUUGCCUUGCCUCAGGCGUCCCGCUAGAACCCUGAACGAUUGAACCAUGCAGCUCUCUGUAGCCCCUGAGCCGCCUGUCAAUAUCAAUUGGUGAUCGAUCGACCGCCGCAACUUUCAAUUUUCGAGAUUCGGGUUUCCGCGGGUUUCGGGCCACAGCGUUGAAUUGAUCGAUACGUACGUUUGGCACAGGGCUAGCUGCUGCCUCGGGCGCAUUCCGUCCAACCCACAUCAUACAAGAAUCACAUGCCCCAUGUUGCGCCAGAUCGACUGCAAGACCGGCCAUGCCCGAGCAUCUCCUGCCCCCGGCUCUGACCACGGCGAGCGGUGCCUACAGCGGCGACGAAUCACCGUCCCCAAACAUCCGCAUCCUGUCGCGCUCCCCGCACCCGUACCACCGUCGUAACUCGGAGCUGCUCGAGCCCGCCGACCGACUUGUGCACACAGCAGCGGCCGCCCCCUUUGCCUCUACUGCGGCCGUCGAUGGCGCUGCCGACGCGGACACCGUGGCCAGGGGUCUGCCCUUGCUUCUAACCCCCAAGGACUCGACCCCCGCGAGCGACAGCGGCACCGACGCCGAUGAUGAACACUUCCUCAAGGGGCUUCCCGCACCCAAAACACGGUUGCACAAGGGCUUGCGGGGCAGGAACGAGCCUCUGUCGGGAUCUUCAACACCUCAGCUUUCGCCAGCUGUUUUGGAGGAAGAGGGGCGCAGGACGCCGCUCGGCCUGAGCCAUGGCAGCUUUGCGCAAGACAAGAGAAGCGCUGCCGAGAAGGUGCGCCGCCGCAAGGAGCUUGUUCGGCGCAGCACCGAAGUUUUGCUCCUGGCCUGUCUGGCUGGCAUGGUUGCCUCCAAUCGCGACGUCCAGCCUUUCCUCCGGCUAUACCAGAGAGAAUUUCUUGUCCUCGGACAGGUAGCGCUCGUGCUGCUUGCCGCCUACCCCCUGAGACUAGUCACUUGGGCCUAUGCUCAGGGGAGUCCGUCAAAAUUGGUGCCGAUUACUAUUCCGUCGUCGUUUGAUCCAGCGCCACUGUUUUAUCCCCCAUUGAUACCGGUACUUGUGUCUCUUCUUGUUGCCCAGAAUGUCAGGGCCGCUGUGCUACUAAAUCUGGCCCUCGGUCUCUGCGCCCUGCCCAGGUCGCUGGUCCCCAGUUCCAGAUAUUGGGAAGUUUACAGUCCCGCUCACUGGCUCCUGUCCUGUCUCCCACUCUUCGUGGAGAGUUACCAACACUCAAUCUCGCCCGUCGAGACCAACGAGACCUCGCAAGAAAUUUUGGCUUUGCUCUACCCCUUGCACCAAACACUAUGUUUAAUCCUACAGUUUCUCACGACGACGAGCCUGUUGACCGCCGAGUUGCAGCUACUCUCGGUUGCUCUUAUCAACGUCCUUCUACUCGCCCAGUCUCCCCAGGCUGUCAUUCUCAAUGGCUUACUCUGGGGGGGCGGUCUUGGCAUCAUUGUUUUCUGCAGCCAGGUGAUCCGAUGGGGGAUUGCUCUGGCUCGAGUGCCAAAAUGGCGAUUUAAGCGUCUUUCCAUCCCAUCAAAAUGGGGGUCUACUUUCCGGCUAUUACGCACACUCUGGUCGUUGCGGCGGCCUCGACUUGAUAUUAAAGUGGUUGACUACGGAAACACAUUUUCCGACACUGCGAACUCUUCUGACGAGUACUACGAGGGUGCAGGGCUGAAAACCCGUCCGCCGCCCCUGAGAAACCCGUUCCGGGCAGAUAGUGUCAGCGAUACAGACAUGGUGCCCGGUUCACACGUGAACGCACUCAAUGUGCGUUUCAACUUACCCGAGCCGAUGCAUCAGCUAUCAGCUCGGAGAAAUACCCUACCCUCGCCUGGCAGGUUCGGCAACGACCGAUCCAAAACCAGCACUCCUUCGGGGCGCCGGAAACGCUCGGCCUCGUCCAGCGUGCGUGCCUUUUUCUCGCUUACGCAAUCCCAGGCCGUGAUGAGGAAGUGGCUGUACGCAGGCUACGUCUACCUCUGCGUGCUUAUGAUCGUAUUAGUCGGCAUCAGGGAGUACGUGCAGAGGUUUGCUCUGGCGGGAUACGAGCCUAUCGGAUGGGCCCUGGGCUACCUGUUUGGUGACUUGCCACGCUUCCGGCUCGAGGUUGUCAAGGCGAAUAUCGAGAGCUGGAUCUGCCUGCCGCCCCGGCCGGACCACGAAGACGACGUUGCGUUCUGCCGCCAGGGCUUAGUUCAGCACCUCCGCCACAGCUCGUUUGGCGAGGCUAAUACGCGUCUUGUGCUCGCUGCUUACUGGCUUGCCAUGAUCGGCGUCGGCCUUGCCGUUGUCUUUCGACUAUCCCCCAUUUACGAGGUGGACACGCGCCGCAAGGUGUUUCAUUUUAUGAUGGUGGCCAUGUUCCUCCCCGCCACAUAUAUCGACCCGACGUUUGUUUCCCUAGCCCUGUCCCUCGUGCUCGCUAUAUUCUUGCUCCUCGACCUCCUCCGCGCGAGUCAGCUGCCCCCCCUCUCCAAGCCCAUCGCCUCAUUUCUCACCCCCUUUGUCGACGGCCGCGACCUCCGCGGACCCGUCGUCAUUUCCCACAUCUUCCUGCUAAUAGGCUGCGCCAUCCCCCUCUGGCUCAGCCUCGCCUCCCUCUCACGCACUGGCUCAGGCGCUCUCGCUGGCUGGGAGGUGCCUACGCGCGACGUCAGCAUGGUGUCGGGCGUCGUGUGCGUCGGCCUCGGCGACGCGGCCGCCUCUCUCAUCGGCCGCCGCUGGGGCCACCGCAAGUGGCUUUGGGGCGGCGGCAAAAGCGUCGAGGGCAGCCUCGCCUUUGCCACGGCCGUGUUCGUGGGGCUGAUGGCCGCCAACGCUUGGCUGCACAUGGGCGGCUGGCCCCUGACGACGCCGACGCUGUCAAUGACUGCGACGCAGACCAGCCAUCUCGGCGGCAUGCUGGCGAGCCUCAGGAGCCUGUGGUCGUCGGCAUCGCUGCAGAAGACCGCCAUCUGCGCCUCGGUCGCCUCCCUCACCGAGGCUGUGCUGACGGGCGGAAACGAUAAUGUAGUUGUCCCGGUGGUUCUGUGGACCUGCGUGAAAAGCCUGGGCGUGUAGCGUUGGCCUCGGCGUUUGUUUACGAUAGAGGAUAGAUCUGUGUUUUUAUCUUGGGGCGUUUUGGAAGAACUGGGGGGGACGGCUUGUCAGAGUAUAAGCGUACGGAGUACCUUGAGUCUAGUCUAAAAUUACACCGGUUGCCUGCUGUAUAGAUACCCAUCUACAUACUUGGGAUUGCUUAGCUACCUUAGGUGAAUUCGUUCCAUGCACACGCAUACUGUGUUCUAACCUUGGGAAAUAUGGCAGAGAAUAUUCACUAUAGAAAGGCCUUUCGCUCCGCAGAGUCUACAGCAUUUACCGAGGGGAUUUUUUUCCUUUUUGAAAAAAAUAAAAAAACU